AUGUUUCCUUUAUUACAGACUAAUGAGGGAGUUCAGAAAACAACUUAUACAAUGUUCAAAGCUGUUCUGAAGAAAAGUCGUGAAGGUGGAAGAGGGGGCAAGAAAGAGAUUGAUGUGUACAAAAUGGAGCAACAGAAAGUGAAACCACACCCCUCAGUUGAUUGUGUACAGCAGUGGCAGAAGAAAGGAAACUUUUGUACUGAUCAUUGUGGUCAAGUUGGAAUGUCAGAUGAUGCUUCUGGCCAGUUCUCCAUUCAAGAGGAGAUAUGCAAAAUGAGCACGUCUAAAGGAGUGUCCAUGUCACUUCCAUCCUCACCACUUUUGCCACGCCAGUCACUUACUAAUCAUACACGGGCAGGCAAAAGGUCCCCAGGCCCAAUCAGGAAGCUGAAGUAUGUGGAAAGCCCUAAAGUUCCAGGAGAUGAUGUAAUUACCUCAGCUUUGGCCAAGUUGGCACAAAAAACAGAUGCUUCCCAGUUAGCACAAAAUGAGCCACAGAAGAGUACUGAACGAAGCUCCUCCCCUGCUGCUCAGGAACUGAUGACUAGAUUGGGCUUUCUGUUAGGAGAAGGGAUUCCAAGCUCUACUCAUUUAGCUAUGGACGAGAAGAAUGAAAAAAUGUUAUCAAUUAAUGUUCAGGGAGUCAGUCCAUGUUCAACGCUGACGAGCAGUACUGCAUCUCCAGGGACUGACAGCCCAUGCUCAACCCUGAAUAGCUGCAUCAACAAACCACUACAAAAAAAACCUAGUCCCUGUGGAACUAUUACCAGCUUAAGUUCCACACUGGAAAGCAAAGACAGUGGCAUUAUAGCUACAGCUUCAUCUGAAAAUGAAGAUAAAAGUGGUUCAAGUCUUGAGUGGAGCAAAGAUGGUGGUGUGCGGGACUGUCUGUCACGUGGUAUCAUGAAGAAUUUAAGACGAGAGAGUUGUUUGCCUGUGGCAGAGGAAGAACCACAUGAUUCUGCCACCAGUGUUUCAAAAUCUGAAACUGCUUCUGAUGGUUCUGCUGCUUAUGUGCACCAGUCUGUGUCAUCAUUCCUGCUGCCACGACCUAAUUCAGUUGCAGCCACGAGUUCAACAAAGCUGGAAGAUUUGAGUUACCUGGAUGAAAGGAAUGCACCAUUGCGUACCUCUUUUAGGAUGCCUUGGCAUAACACAGCUGGAGGAAGAGUACAACAAAAUGUGAAAGUGCGAUUUUCUCCAUACAAGCCUGUUGAUAUUGUAUUAAAGCCAUUAUUGUUUGAGGUGCCAAGCAUUACUACAGAUUCAAUAUUUAUUGGUCGGGAUUGGCUGUUCCAGAAGAUAGAUGAGAAAUUGCACAAUGGAGAGACUUCAGAGAACAAAGGAGCAGUAAUUAUUGGAAAUGUUGGUUUUGGGAAAACAGCCAUAAUUUCCAGGCUAGUGGCACUGAGCUGUCAUGGAGGUCGGAUGAGACAAAUUGCAUCAAAUUGCUCCAGUGUUUUCUCAAAAAGUACAGACCUACACCAGGAACUUCCACUGAGCCAACUGUCCCAAACGUCUUCAUCCUUACAUAAUAGCAGUGCAUUGAACACUGAGUGUGUUCCUGGAAUGCCUGAGCUACAAAGGCAAAGGGAAGAAGCUUUGAAGAGACUUGCAGCACAGACAGAUAAGCAGGGACGUACACCACUUAUGGUGGCUUCCUGUGAAGGGCAUGUGAACACUGUUGAAUUUCUACUUUCAAAAGGUGCUUCCAUAUCUGCAGUAGAUAAGGAAGGAUUAACUCCCUUGAGCUGGUCCUGCCUGAAGGGUCAAAAACUUGUGGUCCAGACUUUGGUAGAGAAGGGUGCAGCAAUUGAUCACACAGAUAAGAAUGGUCGCACACCCCUAGAUCUGGCAGCUUUUUAUGGAGAUUCUGACAUUGUUCAGUAUCUGGUGGAAAGAGGUGCAAUGAUUGAGCAUGUUGACUACAGUGGAAUGCGUCCAUUAGACAGAGCAAUUGGAUGUUGCAACACUUCAGUGGUGGUAAUGCUGCUUAAGAAAGGUGCAAAACUAGGUAAUGCAGCUUGGGCAAUGGCCACAUCCAAACCAGACAUCUUGAUCAUUUUACUCCAGAAACUAAUGGAAGAGGGAAAUCUACUAUAUAAGAAAGGAAAGAUGAAGGAGGCAGCCCAGAGAUAUCAGUAUGCCUUAAGAAAAUUUCCACGUGAUGGCUUUGGGGACGAAAUUCUAUCUUUCAGAGAUCUGAGGGUUUCUCUCUACUUAAACCUAUCCCGAUGUCGGAGGAAAACUAAUGACUUCGGAAUGGCAGAGGAAUUUGCUUCUAAGGCAUUGGAAUUAAAGCCAAAAUCAUAUGAAGCUUACUAUGCCAGAGGAAGGGCUAAAAGGAACAGCAGGCAAUUUUCUGCAGCUCUGUCAGAUCUACAAGAGGCUGCUAAGCUUUGUCCUAACAACCGAGAAAUAAAGCGGCUCCUGGCUCGAAUAGAAGAGGAAUGUAAACAACUACAUCGAGCACAACAACAGAAACAGCAGUAUCAGCAACCACAGCAAAACAACGAAUCUGAUAACGAAGAGGAAUUACUACACCAACACCUCGACAGCUCAUUGUUUGGCAUUGAAGGAGUUGAUGAGGCUAGUGUUGGACUACCUAGUGAAAUUCAACCUGCAUCAUCAAAGCUUCAGCAUUCUCCAAGCUCAGUUCUAUUUAAAAAAGGACUUCAAGAUGAUGCAAGUUCUGAACAGACCCCAAGGGCUAUCUCUCCACAGAAUAAAACUAAACACAAAUUCCUUUGGGAACCACUUACACAGCAAGGUCUAGUUACUCAGCCUCCCAGACAAGCUCAAAUUGUGAAAACAAACCAGCAUAUGACUUUUUUACAAACUGGAGGAAGAAAUACAAGUUCCCACCAUGAUCAUAAAACUCCUCCAGUCCCCUUACCCAGCAAUAGAAAUGCUCAACAAAUAGAGCGUGCAGUCAAUACCAGAACAUUUUCUGGGACUUCUGGAGAAAGGGUGGCUUCAGCUUGGUCUGUGCAGCUGCAGCACAAUGAACAUACUACAACUGAGAAUGUUAUAAAUGUGUCAAUGGAUUUAUCAGAAAAUGUAGAUCAAGGAGUACAUGUGAAGUCUUCAGCUAUUUCUGGUUCUACAAGCAGUCUAGCCUCCAAUAGCACUGUCUCUGACAACAGGCAAACUUCAAAUGCUCACCUCAAAAACAGCUUGGAAUGUAAUAUGGAGAAGUCCAACCAAAACUUGAGUGGAGCUGAAUGCAGACCAAGGACUACACCAUUUAUGGGAAUAAUUGAUAAAACAGUAAGAUCCCAGCAGCAUCAGUCCAACAGUCAACAGAUUCGAUUGUGGCAUGAUCAAUCAAUAGAUGGAGUAGUUACAAAUGCUUCAAUUCCUACUGGCCAAAAUAUUCACUGUGAGCCACAGUUUACCAAAUCUGUUGGUGCCUAUCAUGAUCAUAAAAAACUUCCAACUCUGGGUUCUGCUGGAAAUCUUCACAACGGAAUGCAUUCCAAGACUUGUCAGACCACCACAAACUUGCAAGAAUCUAAUUCAUCCUUGACGGUUCCACAGAGUUCUAAGUCACAAUCUCUCAUAGCUCGAGAUACACAUUCAAGUAAUAAUACUCCAUUAAAACCAAAGCAAUCUUUUAUAGAAUCUAAUGUGUAAACUAGACUGAUGAACUCUACUGGUAAGCAAUAGUCAUUACCUUUUUGUCUCAGUUGUAAUCUAGUAGUAGAAUUUGUAGUUACUGAUAUAUAGGAGCAGGAAUAGGUCAUUCAACAUGAUCAUCCAUUUCAGUACUCUGUUCUCACUUUUUCCAUAUAACCUUUAACCCUAAGAACUAUACCUGAAUUCUUCAAAACAUUGAAUGUUUUGGCCUCAACCACUUUCUGUGGCAGGGAAUUACAUGUUGUUAUAAAAAGGUAAGCUUUAACCUAGCUGGCUCUUGCACUGAUUCUUGUAAUAUUGCAUUUAACACAAAAUGAAUAACUGCACUUUAUAAAAUUGCUGUAGAGUGCUUUUGCUGUUAUUUUUAAAAAAUCUUGUAUACAGAACAUGCAUUUUUAACAUUUCAGUGAAAAGGAAGAUGUAGAUUUAGUUAAGAUACACACUGCAGUUAUUUUUACAAAUCAGCCAGCCCUUGGACAAACCUCUUGUAGAAUGAUUUAUGUAGUCAUGAAAAACUUGGCUAAAUCAAUAUGUUGCACUAAUUAAAUUGUGUAAAAUAGUGGUUAUAUUACAAGUUUCCCAAUACUAACUAUUUAUUUCCGCUAUUUUUCCCACCCACAGAUCAUGUAAUUAUUUCUUUAACUAAACUGCUAAUAAUUUAUUCCUUAUAGCAUAUUGUAUUGCCAAGCAGAGGAAAAAAAAAUCUGAUAAAGUAUUGUAUAAUUUCUAAUGUUUGAUUUAAUUCUCUUUUCUAGAACAUACUCAAAAAAAAAUAAAAGAUAAGUAUAUUCUAAUAUUUAUGGGUUGUGAAUUGUCUUUUGUCAACUGAACUGAUUUUCAUAAAUGCACUCUCCAGGGAUGUUCAAUUUAUUUACUCCAGACGAAUAAAACUUGGGCUUUGGGAGGUUGUUUCAGCACUAGUCUCUGACUGCAUGUUUUUCUACAUCCAUUAGCAUAUAAAUGCAAAUAAUGUUGACAAAUUUUCUUACUGCAGGAUAUUUAUUCCUUAUAUUUCCACACAAGCUGUUAAAUAUUAUAAUGGCUACCACCUAGUUUGUAUGCUUUAAAACUUAACAUACAAUUCAGUCCAUUAUUUAUUUUAAAAUUUGGAUGCUAACAUUUAAUUAGAAAUGAAUGAAACUCAAACUGUUAUUUAAAUAUUUCUUUCUCUUGAUAAAAACACCUACCCAAGA